AUGGCAUUGCUCGCCUCGAAGGCGAUGAGUCAUUUCCGUACCAUCUCACUCAUCCUGCCCCUCUGGCUGGGUCUGCCCUCUUCAUUACAGACCACACAUCAACUACACACUAUCACCCCCAUGCCCGGGUUUAGAACACACUCAUUCUCAUUGUCGACCGGUCGCUUCGUGGCACACAACCGAACCAACCGUCAGACCUGCCACACUCCGCCUUGUCACCUAAAACCAGGUGACUCAACCUACACUAGUCAUACGACAAUGCCCACGUUUUUGGGAAAGGUAAAAUGUGUGAAGAUUGGAGUUCUUAGAUGCGGGCUGAUUGGCAAUCGUCGAGAUGACUUAAUUUUCGAGUUGAAAUUGGCGGCCUUUCCAGAGGAUGAUGGUGGAUUCCGCCUAGACACAUGUUGUUUGGUUUGA